AUGCUUGGUACGUUUGCUUCGGUGGAAAAGCGAGUGAUUGGACAGGGAACAUGUGUUGCGUAUAAAAUCUACUCGAAAUCUCAUGGACAGCUUGCUUUUCGGCACUAUAAGCGAGAACUGUGGGCGCUAAAGGAGCUGUCAGUUGCCACUAAAGAAGACUCGGCUCAAAACCAUAUUGUGCAGCUCAUGGAUCAUCAAGAGUUAGCCAACAGUUACCAUCUGAUAUUCCCCUUUUACAGCGAAACAUUAGCAAUGAAGAUGAACAUCCGCACCAAAGAUCCAGAACUAGCAUACCGUUUUCUACAGCAAAUAUCACAGGGCUUGCAGUACAUGCAUCAGCGUAACAUCAUACAUUGCGACUUGAGUCCAAGCAACAUUUUGAUAGACAGUAGCACAGGCUGCAUGUUUAUAUGCGAUUUUGGUUGUGCUCAUUCAGACGCAUGCUCAGAUAGCGGUGAUGGUUUUCUAGCAGAUGAAGAGAUUGGCACAAGAUAUUACAAAGCUCCAGAGCAUUUGUUUGGGUCCAGAGCGUAUACACCAGCGACAGAUGUGUGGUCAUUGGGCGCUAUUUUCUCGGAAAUACUGAUAGGAUACCCUCUAUUUAAUGGUGACAGUGAUAUUGAGCAAAUUGGUAAGCUUGUAUUUCGACUAGGAAAGCCCUCUUUGCAAGUUCAGGCUGAGGAAAUGGCAAACUAUCCUGAUGCCAACAAGCUGAUUUUUUUCGAUGACAAUGACUCUGAUAUGGAUGACUAUUCAGACGAUGAGAGUGAGGAGGAGUUUACAAACACCCGAACAUCUUUAGCUGCUAUUCUGGAACAGGAAAAUGUGCCUCAACUUGGCAGAAAUAUCAUUACCAGCACUUUGACAUGGUCCGUCAAAGAAAGAUUGACUCUACCCCGCUUGAACACUUUACUUUCUUUAUAA